GAAAUCUCUAACCGGUGACUCGCUGCUUCCCUAUUCAUCUCCCUCUAUAUGUAUCUCUAUCUCUCUACCUCACAUUCCCUCAGUCUUUUUCUGCUCGUGUCAUGCUUUGUGAUAUGAGGCAGGGAUCAGUGAGUGUGUGUGAGCUCCGUCUCUGCUGCAGUAUCCUGGGUCUCUGUUUGACAGAGAGGCUGUGAGCUCCUGCUACUACCCCUGCAAGGAGCACUUUAGGUGGGGGAAUAUCACAGCCAGAGAGGGGGUCCUCUGGAGCAGAGACAGCAGUCCCAGGACAGAACAGACAGACAGAGACAACUUUGGACUGAAGAGGAACAAAAGAAGAGAUAAAGAAGAGAGGAGCAUAUUUCUGCCGAUCAUGUUUUGUGUUGUGAGAAGCGAAGGGAGAUAAGAGGGGACAAAAGGAGAGAGGAGGGCGUACUCCUGAGGUAUAAGGAUCCCAGGAGGUUUUGGCAGGGGGGCGAGGGGUCUACAGGAGGAGGGUCAAGACUGAAAAGGACACAGGGUUUUAUCUGAGAUCAAAGACAAGCAGGACAAAAAGAUAGUUAUAAAACGAGUGAAGUGUGAAAGAGAGGUAGCGGUGUUCCCUCAGUCUGACGAGUUGGAGAUGGUCUCGAGGGGGUUGGUUGAGAAUGAAGAAGGUGAGUGAGUUUUUCUACUGAGAAAAAAGAGAGUAGAAACAACAACCAGAGGGUAAGGACAAAGUGAAGACUGGUCUGUGAGGAAGAAGAAGAGGAGGAGAGGUCUCUCUAGUUGAGGCGGUUUGGUCGUUUUACCUGGUUUACUUCAGUCAGUCUACAGGACCCCAUCAUGGCCGUCCAACUCAUGCCGGAAUCAGCCGUCUGUCUGCUUAUGAUGACAGAGGGGCGGCGAUGUCAGGUCCAUCUCCUGGACGACAGGAAGCUGGAGCUCCUCGUACAGCCCAAGUUGAUGGCCAAGGACCUGUUAGAUUUGGUGGCCUCCCACUUCAACCUGAAGGAGAAGGAAUACUUUGGGAUCUCCUACACAGAUGAAACUGGUCAUUUCAGCUGGCUGCAGUUGGACCGGAGGGUUCUAGAACACGAGUUCCCCAAGAAGUCUGGACCCAUCGUCCUGUACUUCUGUGUCAGGUUUUACAUAGAGAGUAUUUCCUACCUGAAGGACAAUGCUACUAUCGAACUCUUCUUCCUCAAUGCUAAGUCCUGCAUAUACAAGGAGCUCAUUGAGGUGGACAGUGAGGUGGUCUUUGAGCUGGCCUCCUAUAUCCUACAGGAGGCUAAAGGUGACUUCAUCAGUAAUGACGUGACAAGGUCAGACCUGAAGAAGCUUCCAGCUUUGCCGACUCAGGCCCUGAAGGAACACCCAUCUCUGGCCUACUGUGAGGACCGGGUCAUAGAACACUACAAGAAGCUGAAUGGACAGUCCAGAGGGCAGGCCAUAGUCAAUUAUAUGAGCAUUGUUGAGUCUCUGCCUACAUAUGGAGUACACUACUACACUGUUAAGGAUAAGCAGGGAAUUCCGUGGUGGCUGGGACUGAGUUAUAAAGGAAUCUUCCAGUAUGACUACCAAGACAAGGUCAAACCCAGGAAGGUGUUCCAAUGGCGUCAGCUGGAGAACCUCUACUUCAGAGAGAAGAAGUUCUCAGUGGAAGUUCACGACCCCAGGAGUAGGGCGUCGGUGACCAGAAGGACGUUUGGCCACAGUGGUAUAGCUGUCCACACCUGGUACGCCUGCCCUGCUCUCAUUAAGUCUAUCUGGGCCAUGGCCAUCAGCCAACACCAGUUCUACCUGGACCGCAAGCAGAGCAAGUCUAAGAUCCAUGCGGCUCGUAGCCUCAGUGAGAUAGCCAUCGACCUGACAGAGACUGGCACUCUGAAGACAUCUAAACUGGCCAACAUGGGCAGCAAGGGCAAGAUCAUCAGCGGCAGCUCUGGCAGUCUGCUCUCCUCGGGUUCCCAGGAGUCGGACAGUUCUCAGACAGCUAAGAAAGACAUGCUGGCAGCCCUGAGGGCCAGACAGGAGGCUCUGGAGGAGACUCUCAAACAAAGAUUAGAGGAACUCAAGAACAUCUGUAUCAGAGAGGCGGAAUUGACAGGGAAGCUGCCUAAGGAGUAUCCAUUGGACCCAGGGGAGGAGCCUCCGACGGUCAGAAGGAAGAUUGGCACUGCCUUCAAGCUGGACGAACACAAGAUCCAGCCGAAGGGAGAGGAGGAGGAGCUAGACCGUCUAGAGAGGGAGUUUGCCAUCCAAUCCCAGAUCACCGAGGCUGCGAGGCGUCUGGCCAGCGAUCCGCACGUGAGCAGUAAGAAGCUGAAAAAACAGAGGAAGACGUCGUACCUGAACGCGCUGAAGAAACUCCAGGAGAUAGAGAACGCCAUCAACGAACACCGUGUCCGCUCUGGGAAGAAACCCACGCAACGCGCUUCGCUUAUCAUAGAGGAGGCCAACAUGGGCUCAGAGGACAGCUCUCUGUCUGACGCUCUGGUCCUAGACGACGAUGACCCCCAGAUGACAGGGACCCCCACCUUCUCUCCGGCAGCGUCUCCCCAUAAGGGCCUCCCUCCCCGGCCUCCCUCCCACAGCCGGCCCCCUCCCCCCCAGUCUCUAGAUGGCCUCAGCCACCUGCACUACGCCCACUCCGAAUACGACAAGUCCCCCAUCAAACCCAAGAUGUGGAGCGAGUCCUCGCUGGACGAACCCUAUGAGAGGGUCAAGAAACGCUCUUCACACUCCAAUCACAGGCGGUUACCCGGCUCUGGUAGUUGUGCAGAGGCAGGAGGCAGUAACUCUCUGCAGAGUAGCCCCAUCAGGAGUGUUCCUCACUGGAGCUCCCAGUCCAGCAUGCCCUCCACCCCCGACCUGAGGACCAGGACCCCUCACUACGUACACUCCACCAGGUCUGUGGACAUCAGUCCCACCCAUCUGCACAGUCUGGUUCAGCACUUUAGGAACCGCAGCUCCAGCCUGGAAUCUCAGGGCAAGCUGCUGGCCUCCGACCCCGACACACACACUCACACACACACCCUGGGAGCCCCCGGCAGCCCAGACAUCUUCCUGGCCCCGGGGACUCGCAGCUUCAAUGGCUCUGACCCGUUGGAUGACUGUUCGUCCUGUACCUCCCAGAGCAGCUCAGAACACUACUACCCUGGGGUAGCUCCAGGCUCCAACCCAAACUACUCCACCCUAGGAGAGGACUCCCCUUCCAAAGCCAGGCAGAGACAGAGACAGAGGCACAGGUCUGCAGGUCACCUUGGUUCCUCUAACUCUGGUUCCAUGCCCAACCUUGCAGCCAAGAACGGUUCAGGGUGCGGUGGUACGGGGGUGGCAGGGACUGGGUCAGGGCAGCACGGGGUGUACCUUCACAGCCAGAGCCAGCCUUCGUCCCAGUACCGGAUUAAAGAGUACCCCCUGUACGUAGAGGGCAGCCCCAACCCGGUGGUGGUGCGCAGCCUGGAGAGUGACCAGGAGGGCCACUACAGCGUCAAGGCCCAGUUCAAAACCUCCAGCUCCUACACAGCCGGGGGGCUCUACAAGGAGACCUGGGGGGGCGAGGAGGGGGGAGAGGGGAGCAGCAGACUCACCCCGUCCCGCUCCCAGAUUGUACGGACUCCCUCACUGGGGCGAGAGGGGGGAGGAGGGGGGAGGGCGGUGGUGUCAGAUGAGUUGAAGUGUUGGUACCAGCGCUCUACGGGCAGUGUAAAGGAGAGGAGUCACGCCGGCUCCAACACGUCGGACAGCGGCUCACUGCAAGGCACGCUGGGACUCGGACGAGGGAGCAGGGUGGGGACACUCGCCAAGGGAUCACCAGCGUCCCCUCACAGCCCGAGGAGUGGGACUCCCUCUAGUGAACAGGCCGCAACACCCACGCCCCCCUGCAGCCCACAACACAUCCUCAACUGGCAGAGCGGGUCAUUCAAUGAUAGUUGUUUUCUCAGCAGUCCUCUGUGUUCAGAGCUGGCAGAUGUCCAGUGGUACGGACACGACAAGGCCAAACCUGGAACCCUGGUCUGACCUACUGACCACCACCUAACACCUACUGACCCUUACUGACCCUCAACACUGACCUUUACUGCCUCCACCAACCUCUCCUCUAGCCCUGACUAGACUGGCCUCAUCAUGGACAGGAAACCCUCCUCCAUCCCUCCCUUUAUCCAUAUUUCCCUUUAUCAUUUUAUGUGCAUAUCAAGUUUGGUUGAGCUGGAGUUUAUAGGAAGGACAUGCCCAACUGGGCAGGACUAUUGCUGUGGAACAGCCAAACAGAACCGCUGAAUGAUCGUGAACUCUGACCUUUAAUCCCUGACCCUGCUUCAGUCUGAGCCCCAGGGAGACCAGGAGUGGGAAAGGGGGGAGGUGGGGGGGUAAGAGCACACACACACACACAACCCCCUGCCCAGACUACAUGGCCCUCAGGCCCUGACUUAUAUCUACCCCUGACCCCAGUGUGUUGCCAGCCAAUCAGAGGAUACCUGCAAGAUGAAAUGUGUUUUGGCUCAAAUUCUGGGCCUGUGUGUGUCCGCUGGAUCUGCUAGGUUAAUUUCAUUGUUAAAGUCUUUGUUUAUUUCUCUGUAUCGUUUUGUACAAAAAAAUGAAAAUAUUGCUUGGGAGAGACUCAAUUACUUUUUCACCCUUUAGGAAAAUUGCAGAGCAGAUUAUUGGAGAAUUGUAGAUUAUCUGAAAGACAAAAGACAAACGUACAAACAUUCCCAACAAUUAUAAUCCCAAUCCCAACUAUCUAUCCCACAACCAAAGAUCCACCUGACUGACCAAUGGCACCAGUCCCAUGGACACACUGGGAACACUGGUUUAUCAUACUGGAAGCUACAACCCACAUACUUGGAGUUUUCAGAGGAACGGAAAGACUGGUCAAUUCUACUGGGAUCCUGCUGGGAGUUCUGAGCACAUCUAUUGGGAUGUCAGUCAUCUGGAUUGGGGGUGUACAACAGCCAGCCAGAUUGAUCAACUAGUCUCUGAUACUGGGACUAUCCACACUGCUACUGAGCAGUGAGCUCCUGGACUUGGAUGUUUUGCCACUAUGCUGGGGCACUGUGCUUAGCUGUACUGGGAGAUUAUGGGCGAACUGGGGGCCCUGCACAGCCAGACCACAAACAGACAGGGACAGACGCGGGGCCCUGCACAGCCAGAUCAGAGACAGACGGACAGAAUGGGGGCCCUGCUCAGCCAGACAGGGACGGACUGGGGGCCCUGCACAGCCAGACCACAAACAGACAGGGACAGACAGAUCAGAGACAGACGGACAGAAUGGGGGCCCUGCUCAGCCAGACCAGAGACAGACAGGGACGGACUGGGGGCCCUGCACAGCCAGACCAGAGACAGACAGGGACGGAAUGGGGGCCCUGCACAGCCAGACCAGAGACAGACAGGGACGGAAUGGGGGCCCUGCUCAGCCAGACCAGAGACAGACAGGGACGGAAUGGGGGCCCUGCUCAGCCAGACCAGAGACAGACAGGGACCGACUGGGGGCCACAGACACUUCUUCAGGGUUUGGGUCCUGGAGAGCCAGAAUAUGCUAGGAAUCUCUUGCUUAAAGCUAAUGUCUUGAGUUUGGGUGAAACUGUAGCUAUGUGUGUAGUAGUUUUGGGUUGAAUUGGAAUUAAGACCACAUGUAGUUUUGUGGGUUUAUUUCCAAACAUAUCUGCAGGCUUUCAGUGGUCUAUUUCAUCUGGCUCCUCCCCUUCAUUUGACUUUCUGGUGAGAGGUGAAAGCUAAUUGGAUGUUUAGGGCUGUGUGGAGCUGUCAAUCACACAGUUGUAGCGAAGGGCACACCCCUCCCUCACAGUCGAGCUGUGCAUAUGAUGAGAUUGGUGAGAUAUUAAACACUUCUCCAUGCGUUGUGACAUCAUAUAUCUGACUGUCUGUGCAGUCCUAUGUUAAAAAUGGGAUGCAACCCAUGUUUAAGGACCAGUCUGUCUGUGUCACGUCAAUCUGUCAGUCUGUCUGUCCAACCCCAAGAUUGGUCAUUGUCUCAGACACCAGUGUAGUAUAUUUGGGGGUUAAUAUUUAGAUAAAGCUUGAAACCUGUAAACUCCAGAAGGUUCUCAUUUGUACAGGUCAUUAUCUCAGGCUAUACUCUCUCUGCCUAACAUCUAUCAACCGGUCAGAACACACACACAUCUUGUGUGUGGAUUCACACACACACACAUUCUUUUCUCAGCGGUGCCAUCUAUGUCUGUACUCUAACCCAGCACUGAAAACCAGGGGCGCUACUUUCACUGGGGGCGGGGGGGACACAUUCUGAAAUUGCAUUUUUGUCAUCCCCAGUUUUAUCAUUGGAAUGUUAUACAAAACUAGGCAACGGUGUGCUUUAGGACCAUGCGGACGCCUUCGAGCGGUCGGGUAGGCUGUUUGGAAUGUUAAUAAUAAUAAUAAUAAUAAUAAUAUGUCCCCCCAACUUCUUAAACCAAAGUCGCGCCCCUGCUGAAAACAGCCGCUCACUAAAACUACAAACCAUAUAACUAUAAAUCCCACAGGGCCCAGUUCCUAGUCUAGCAGAGGAAGUGUCUGCUGUAUAGAGAUCCUGCUUCCCAGAGCCAAAUGAACAGCAGGAAGAGGUCUAUACACCAAUCAGAGAUAUGUCAAGUUAAGUAUUCAAUCUAAGUUUUGAUACCAGAGCACAACAUACACAGUUAAACACAAUAUAUGAAAACUAUGGGCUCCCGAGUGGCGCGGCGGUCUAAGACACUGCAUCUCAGUGCCAGAGGCGUCACUACAGUCCCUGGUUUGAAUCCAGGCUGUAUCACAUCCGGCCAUGAUUGGGAGUCCGAUAGUGGUGGUGCACAAUUGGCCGAGGUAGGCAGUCAUUGUAAAUAAGAAUUUGUUCUUAACUGAAUUGCCUAGUUGUUUUAUAUAUAAACAAUAGGCCUAUAAUAUACAGAACCAGUUUUCAUCUAGUUCUCCUCCUGACUUUUUGAUACAUAUAAGGGGAUUAAGAACAUCUGCAUAACAACACAUUCAUGAUGUAAGAGUAAAUCCAGACUUAAUAUAAAAAAGUAACACACACACAUAUAGUAUAGAAAUAAUGUCACACCAGAACCAAACAGGGUGUUUAUAUUAUUGUGCUUCUAUUACUACACUGAACAAAAACAUAAAUACAACAUGUAAAGUGUUGGUCCCUUGUUUCAUGAGCUGAAAUAAAAUAUCCCAGAAAUGUUC